AUGAGGCUCGCUGCCUAUGCUGGAACCUCUGCGCUGGUGGCAGCCGGUGCUCUACUGAAGGCUUUCCACCAGCGGCCCAACUUCUAUUCGGCCACCGUCUACCUGUCGCAGAGCAAUGCCUGUGUCCUUGUGAGCAAAUGCCCCUGCUAUGCCAGCCAGACGCCGCUAACUCCGUCACCACCCAGANUCCUCACCAACCUCGCCCUGGUUGCUGCCUGCAGCUUCAUUUACGGUCUCCAGCGUCUCUUCUAUGGCCCCCUCCGUCCUAUCGAAAUCGAGCAUCUCUCCGAGAAGGCCUGGUAUGCCGUCCUCGACACGCUACUGGCCAUGCCCUCGCUUAGGGAUGAGGUCGGAGGUUGGAUGCUGNCCGUCUUUGUUCUCCUGCUGGCUGGCAAGGUCUGGAGUUGGAUUGGCGAGGGCCGCGUCGAUAUUCUUGAGCAACAACCGCCACAGAACCCCCGCCUCUUCCACGCACGUCUUGCUUCAUCGCUGCUCGUAUCCACCGCCUUCAGCGCCGCCAUGCUGAGAUACUGCAUCGCUACCGUCAAGGACGAUCCUCGACCUGGCAUGAUGGUCAUCUUCACCUUCGAAUUCGCCAUUCUUCUGAUCUUUUCUUUAUUCACCCUCCUACGCUACGCCCUGGCUCUGACAGAAGCACGUGUGUUGAAGCAACAAACAAAAGCCAAAAUGGACGAGAGGAGAGCAGAGAUCCGCGCAGAAAGAGAACAACUGGAGCGAGAGCGCGAGGAGUCAACCGACCCCGAGAGUCUGCCUCCUCUGCCUAGCGAAGAAGAUGUGGAUGAAAACGAGAUCGAUGUGCCGGGAUGGGAAGAAAAGCGUCGAUGGUUGUUUGGCCUCGAGCUUGCUACAGGUCGGUCGUUCUUGCUUCAGUCUGCGUCUUCAAAGCUAACAACCUNNACAGACUUUAUCAAGCUCAUUGUUUAUACCGUCUUUNUUGGAAUAUCUUUGACCUUCAUGGGACUGCCUAUGCACAUCAUUCGCGACGUAUAUCUGACCGCUGCAUCGUUCGUCAAGCGCGUCAACGACUACAACAACUACCGCAAGGCCACUCAAAACAUGAACAGCCGAUACCCAGAUGCCACCAGUGAAGAACUGACCAAUGACAACACUUGCAUCGUUUGCAGAGAAGUUAUGGUACCAUGGGGGCAACCCGAUGCUGCAGGACAAGCACCUAGAUCCAGUCUUAUGAACGAGGGGAUGCGCGCGAAGAAACUACCAUGUGGCCACAUCCUUCAUUUGCGCUGCCUCAAAGCUUGGCUCGAACGACAGCAAGCCUGCCCAACUUGUCGCCGCCCUGUCAUUCCUGCUGGAACUUCUGCUACUGAUGGUACAGGAGCCGGCAACCAGAACGCAAACGGUGGUGCUAACGGAGGUGCGCAACAAGGAGUCAACCCUCCAGCUGGUGACGCGGGCAAUGCCAACGGAAAUCGUCCAGCUCAACCCCGACUGCGUAUGCUCAAUCUUGGUCCGAUACGCAUCGGUGUCUACAAUGGACCUGCGAAUCGCGUGCGAGAAGCUCUAAAUCAAAGGCGAGCACAGGAUGAUGGUAAUGCCACUGGAGCAGCGACACCGGCAGCGACACCGGCAGCGACAUCUGGAAUGGGAGGAUUGGCUGGAGCGAGCACUCAGUUGCAACUUCUACAGAUCGAAGAGCGUCUGAUGCAGGAAUCCCGCCGCUUACAGAUCGAGCAAGCCCAGCUUGCGACUGUCCGUGCCUUGGAGUCAGAAUUGGCAAGACUCCGCGCACAUUACAGCAACAACCAGGCCGGUAAUGGUAUUCCUAGUCUUUCAGCUGGCGCAAGGUCUGCGACACCUAACAUCUUCCCAAGUCCUAACAUGAUGGCCCCUGGCGCUGGUUUUGCGCCACCACAAGUAUUCCAACCUGGUCCUGGACAAGCACCAAUGACACAAGGACAUGAAGGACUGCCGCCUGGUCUUGUGAUACCUGAAGGUUGGACCAUUGCGCCUCUUAAUAGAGUCGAAGGCACUUCACAGCUUGGAGGAGCCAUGCCACAGACACAAACACAGUCUCCCGUACCUACACCUACAAUCACAGUCCCCGCAACGGACAUCCCAGCUGAACAAGAACAGACGGAAGAACUAAUGACUUCGAACAUCAUGGAAACUACCGCUGCCAAUGUACCGACCGAGCAGAGCGACAAUUCUCAAGAGGUAGUACCAGAGGUGGAACCCUCUAGUCACAACCAAGAGUUUCCUUCGUUGUUGCCUUCGCAGGGUCCUUGUUCAUCAAAUCAGGUCGAACAGCAGCCAGAGGUUCUAAGCAUCAACAACGAAAGUGAUCCAUCUGAGAAUGUUCCCACAGAAGCCACUGUGGAGACCUUGUCGGAAGUUCCAGCCCAAUCAGAUUCCAGCCCGCUGCCGACUCGACCUAAUGGAUGGGGAGAAAGCUCAAGCUGGAAUUUUGACGGUGUCGACAACGUCGAAGAUGAAAGCAGCAUCCAGCAGACAGACUCUGAGGAGCAGCCCAAAGCAGUCGACAAGGGUAAAGGCAGAGCAGUGACUGUAGAGGACGUGGAGGAUACGGAGCAGUAG